GGCCGAGAAGGACAAGAAUCUGAGAGCAGUCAAAGGAAAAUUUCAAGAUUGGAAGGAAAAAGCCCAAGAGCUAUUUGAAGCUUCUAGUUUCAUGGGUGGAAAUACUGGAAAACCCCUAUUUCAGAGGGAACACUCCCUUUUCAAGCAGAACUUGAACUUACAGAAAGGAGGCCACUCAGUUUAUAACCUGGUAUUAACAAGUGCCUACGCAGAUGGUCUCUACAAGAAGUACAAUUUUGGACCUUCAAACCUACGCAAACCCAAGAAAGUGAUAAUGAUGGUCGGGGAAACAGGAUCAGGCAAAACAAAACUCAUCAACCUCCUGGUGAACUUCAUUCUGGGAGUGAAAGCAGAAGACGGAUACAGAUACAUUCUUAUUGAUGAGAAAAUAAAUCAGAAUCAGGCUCACAGUCAGACCUCCGACGUCAACAUUUACCAGCUAAAUCACAUGCCUGGAUUCAGGGUUCCAUAUUCCCUGGCCAUCAUCGAUACACCAGGGUUUGGUGACACUAGGGGAAUGGGAGAGGACAACCAUACAAUGGUGAAAUUAAAAGAGUGCUUCACCUCAGUGUUCGGAAUAAACCAUAUUGAUGGCAUCUACUUUGUGGUCAAGGCCUCCACUAAUCGUUUGACGGUAUCAGAGAAAUACGUGUUUGACUCCGUUCUCUCAUUGUUUGGUAGAGACAUCAAGGAAAACAUACAGACCUGUACCACUUUUGCUGAUACUGGGAGGCCUAAAGCUCUAGGUGCCCUUAUUGAAGCCGACGUCCCCCUUGCCAGGAAGCCCAGUGGCACCCCGGUAUUCUUUAAAUUCAACAACAACUUUUUAUAUGCGAAUGAUUUCGAUGACGACGAUGAAGAAGACACAAGCGAGGCUUUUCAGAAAUGCUGGGACAGUGGGUUCAAAAGUGCUCAGAAAAUGUUUGAUGCUUUGGAAAACUUGGACACAAAAAGUCUUGUUUUGACCAAGGAAGUGUUGAUAGAACGGACUCAGCUUGAAAUAACCAUGGAUGGAUUACACAGUAAAAUCCAAGAAGUGGCCCUAAAGCAAACGGAAAUGACACGAUGUGGGCAGGUUUUACGGCAGCACCAAAAAGAUAUUCAAAACAAUGGGAAUUUUGAGUUUGAGCAACUGGUGACCAUAAAGAUGAAAACAGAUGCAGAGAGAAAUUCCAUUAAUUGCAGGGAGUGUGAGGACACCUGUCACUAUCCCUGUAGGAUUGCCCUUGAUUGCAUGAUUGGCCUCUGUGAGGUGUUUACAUUGAGGCAAGUGUGUCGACUGUGUGAGCACAAGGUGAGCAGCCAUGUCACCGAGAAACAGAAGUGGGAACACGUGGUAAAAAGGACCAAGAAAACGUAUGUGACCAUGAAACAAAGGUACGAGGAGGCAUCUAAGGAACGUUUGACAACAGAAAUGGUAUUUGAGAACCUAGAGAGGGAACUCAACGAAGUGGAAGCAGAGGAAAUGAAACUCAUCGAGAGAGCCGCACAAUGUCUCCGCCGGCUGGAAGCCAUCGCCUUGAAACCCAACCCACUUUCUACGCUUGAUUAUAUUGACAUGAUGAUUAGCACAGAGAAACGUGAGGGGAAGCUGGGAUUUCAUGAGAAGAUAGAGUCCCUGGAGAAAGCCAAAGCCAAGAUCAAGUGUCUCAGCACCCUCUCUUAAACCCACAAAGUGAGAUGUGCACACAUGGCCUUUAUAUGUUGUAUCAGCCCAUCUGGGACACGGUCAUCCAUAAAACCUUUCUAACCAUAUGGGAGAUGUUCUGUAGACACAUUUUUACUCUUUACACUUUACUUAAGCUCUGCAAUCAUUUAGUUUGGCCUCAGAGGCUACUCCUCAUCCUCUCGUUCUUUGUAAAUGAGUAGCGUAGUGUUUGUUGAAGCUGAAGCUCGAGCAUCACUCAAGGCUGUGGCCCCUGGACCUUGUUAAACUCCAAGCAUCCUGUGGCACUUUGGGCUGUAACUGCGUCAAUGGAAAUAUGUCCACACUCAGUUGCCUUUGCUGGAUGCCACUACAAAAUAGAAGAUUUUCAUCCAGCCGUUGAGCACUGAUCCACAUUCAGGCACCUCUCCUUCAGUCAUGGAGGUGCGAGUGUUUACAUCUCACAGUUCUUACAGACAGGUUUAACUGAACAUUAAAAGGUUGCAGUUGGUCAUAAAUACUUACUCACUCAGCCCUUCCUGCUGUUUGUUUACCUACUUCCACCUUCAGUCUCCAGAACCUUUACCCAGUAGGACUCAUUCCCCUUUACAGAAUUACCAGCCUUGGUAGGUUCUUCUAUAGUGGGUCACUAAGAAUAUCCUCCUGGGCUUUACUCCUAAACCACAUGAGGAUCCAUCUAAUUUCCUGAACUACAGACUUGGACCUUAACAAACAGUGGUCCAAGACCCUUUUGACUUCUAGGUGAGCCCAGAGCUACUGUUACUAGCUGUUCUAUCUCUCUCUCACCAUAGCAACGACGGAGGAGAUCUCAACUCACAACAGAGAUGUCAACUGCCCUGUAUAAAAGCUCUCAGCCUUCAGCCUCAUGUCUUUAUAUGUUCAUGGAACGCCAUGGUGACUAUAUAAAACCUGCCCAACUGCUAGUUAACCCAACACUAAAACCAACACUAGCCCCACGGGCCCUUGUGAUCCAUAUCCAAGAUUUGGGAAAUUUACCAAGGAACUUGUAUCCUACAAAAUGUUUUUAUCCAUGAUUUUUAUCUGACACUGUUGAAUUUAUAUUUUUAUAUCAAGUUCUGUGAUUGGACUAAUGAGGAUUAAGUGGAGGCUAACUGACUAAUUGGGUGAUAUAUUCAUUUGUCUUAUGAUACAACCAAUCAAAACUUCCUUUCAAAAUUAAUUGGUUUCUUUGAGCACAGGGGCAAUUAGUUGAUACUUUAGUGAAGGAGGCUCCAGGCAGUGGUGUAACUACAAUACAGGAGUCCCCGGUGGGGGUCCCAGGUAGAGGGGGGGCUGGUCCUGCACAGGAUUCUGCAUUCUACCUUCAUACCCUUCGUGUCUCUCCUGCCCCAUCUGCCAGUACUAGUGAUGAGCGAAUCUGUCCCGUUUCGCUUCGCCAUAAAAUUCAUGAAACGCCAAG